AAGAUCUACGACGCCAACCCGGGCAUCCUGCGCGCGCUGGCCGGGACGGGGCUGCCGGUCUCCGUCAUGGUGCCUAACGAGGCCAUACCCUCGCUCGCCGCGUCAAAGGGCGCCGCGGACGAGUGGGUUGCGGGGAACCUCGCGCCGCACCACCCGAAGACGCGGGUGGCGCACCUGCUCGUCGGCAACGAGGUGCUGUCCAACCGCGCCAUCGCGGGCUCCACGUGGCGCGGCAUCGUGCCGGCUAUGGCCAACCUGCACCGCGCUCUCCGCGCGCACGGGCUCGGCAAGGUCAAGCUCGGCACGACGCUCGCCAUGGACGCGCUGUCGGUCUCCUACCCGCCGUCGGCCGGCGCGUUCCACGAGGACAUCGCCGACUCCGUCAUGCGCCCGCUGCUUCGGUUCCUGAACGCCACCGGCUCGUACUACUUCGUCGACGCGUACCCGUACUUCGCGUGGGCGGCCAACAGCAAGACCAUCUCGCUGGACUACGCGCUCUUCCAGGGCGCGGCGAGCUCCCGCUACGUCGACCCGGGCACGGGGCUCACCUACACCAACCUGCUUGACCAAAUGCUCGACGCGGUCGUCGCUGCCAUGGGUAAGCUUGGGUAUGGCAACGUGAAGCUGGCCGUCUCGGAGACCGGGUGGCCGAACGCCGGCGACACGGGCGAGGCCGGCGCCAACGUGCUCAACGCGGCGACGUACAACCGUAAUCUCGCCGCGCGGAUGUCCAAGAACCCGGGCACGCCGGCGCGGCCGAAGGUCAAGAUGCCGGUGUUCCUCUUCGCGCUCUACAACGAGGACCAGAAGCCCGGGCCGGGCACCGAGCGCCACUGGGGGAUCUACUACCCGAACGCGACGAAGGUCUACGAGGUCGAUCUCACCGGCCGGCGGCCGGGGCGGUCGUACCCACCGCUGCCGCCCGCGGGCGACCAGGAUGGAACACCGGCGUGGUGCGUGCUGGCCGGCGGCGGAAAGGCGGCGAACGAGACGGCGGUGGCGGCCGCUGUUGAGUACGCGUGCCAGCAGGGGAGCGGGACGUGCAGCGCCAUCCAGCCCGGCGGCGCGUGCCACGAUCCCGACACGCUCGACGCGCACGCGAGCUACGCGUUCAACGCCUACUGGCAGCAAUUCAGGAAGGCUGGGGGCACCUGCUUCUUCAAUGGACUUGCAGAGACGACCACCAAAGAUCCAAGCCAUGGAUCAUGCAGGUUCCGAAGCUCUCUGGAGUAG